AUGCAGCAGUUCGAGGUGAUGGCGGAUCAUCGGCCAUUGAUCCCCAUUCUCAACUCGAAGAGCAUGGCGGAUAUCGAGAACCCUCGUCUACAGUGUCUCCGGGAGCGACUCAGCCAGUUCAACUUCGUCGCCACCUGGCGGCAGGGAAAGCUGCACGCCAUCCCAGACGCGCUGUCUCGAGCGCUCGUCGAUGGCCCAACACCUGACGACGAGGAAGCGGAACAAGACGUCAGUCACCAGAUCGCCAGCAUGGUCGCCAGGCUUAUCAGUGGCGUCACCGUCACCGACGGUGGCGCCAGCCCGUUCCGGGACGUCCUACUGUCAGAACUCCGCGCCGCCGCCGAGGAGGACCCGGAGAUGAUUGCGCUGAAAGAUGCCAUCUUGACCGGUUUUUCAGGGCAUCGGACGCAGCUGCACCCGCUGCUGGGCCCCUACUGGGGCCUCCGAGACUGUUUGGUGGUGGAUGACGGCCUGGUGGUGUGCGGCCGGCGGUUGGUAAUACCGCAGUGCCUCCGUCGCGCUACUCUCCAGAAGCUUCACGCCAGCCACCAGGGAGUCGAGCGGACCACGAGGCGGGCACGGCAGGCGGUGUACUGGCCCCGGGUGGACCAGGACAUGGCGAACUUCAUCGGCGCCUGCAGCAAAUGUCAACUGCACCUGCACAGUCAGCAGAAAGAGCCCAUGAUGACAGAGAAGGCACCCUCGCGAGUGUUUGAAGCCGUCUCCGUGGACUACUUUGCCUGGGCCUGA